AUGGAUGCAGGAAGUGAGGAAUCUUCUGAGAAUUCAACUAAAGAACCUGCAGCCGAAAGGUCAUGCAUAAAGGAGUCAUCACCAAAAGGUCUGUAUAGCGAAACACGCCACACUUCAGUCAAGGACUGGAUAAGAAAAUAUAAACCCCUUUUUGGAGUGUAUCUUGAAACAAAAAUACAACACAACAAUGGAAGUCGGAUUUCAGGAGCUCUUCCAGUUGGAUGGAAGCAUUUUGCGAACUCGGAUAACCAAUCUCCAGCAAGGAUCAUCGUUGUUUGGCAUCCGACUAUAUCGGUGACGAUCUAUCAAGCUUCGCCUCAAGUGGUUACUUGUGGCAUAUUUAUUUUGGCUGAAAACCUAUCACUCACGGUUAGCUUUGUAUAUGGGUUUAAUCAAGUUGAGGAGAGGCAACAGUUGUGGGAUGAACUGGCUUUUAUAAACGCUAAUUCCCCUGCUUUGAGAUACCCUUGGGCUGUAUUAGGGGAUUUCAACCAGAUACUAAGAUCAGACCAGCACUCCCAACACUUGACGACUGAUGUGGAUACUGCUGGGAUGGAGGAUUUCAACUUGGCAUUGCAGGAGGCUGAACUGUUUAAAGCUCAGGCCAACGGCCUCACUUAUUCUUGGUGGAACAAUCAAGAUGCAAACCCAGUGGCGAAAAAAAUUGAUCAUGCGCUAUUCAACCAACACUGGGCUCAAUUGUUUCCUGACUCUUUUUGUGAAUUCCUGGAACCGGAAAAAUUUGAUCAUGCACCUUGCUUGGGAUCUCAGCAGUUCAGGCUUGCUCGAUCUCUCAAGCUACUCAAGCCGGCUAUGAGGAACUUGAAUGCAAGAAAUUACAGUGGUAUCACCUUGAGAGUAAAGGAACAGGCGUCUCAGAAAUCUAGGGUUCAGUGGCACCAGUUAGGAGAUAGGGACACUACCUUUUACCAGAAACCAGUGAUCCAGAGAGCAAGCAGGAACCAUAUUCACUUCUUCAGGGACUCAGAGGAUCACAUGAUAAACACAACUGAGGGUAUCAAGGAGCAUGCUGUAGACUACUUCAAAGGUUUGCUGAAGGAUGUAACAAGUGAGGAGAUUACUAAGACUGUUUUCGCUAUGCCUCUUAGCAAGAGCCCCGGACCAGACGGUUACUCGGUCGAGUUCCUUAGAUCUUCAUGGCCAAUCGUGGGUAAUGACUUUGUUGCUGCUGUCCAAGAGUUUUUUAGAAAUGGAAAGCUACUAAAGGACCUCAACAAUACAGCGAUAGUCCUAAUUCCUAAGACUUCUCAGGCUUGCAAGCUCGGAGAAUUCUGCCCGAUAAGUUGCUGCAACAUUGCUUACAAAGCUACAUGUGCAAAGAGUUCAAUGCUGAAGGUUGAUAUUAGGAAAGCUUUCGACACCAUCUGCUGGGAUUUCUUGAUGAAAUUGUUGGAGGCGCAGGACUUUCCUCUAGUAUUCCGGGAAUGGGUCAAGGAGUGUAUAACAUCACCGAGAUUCUCCAUGUCUAUAAAUGGAGAGCUAGCGGGGUUUUUCAAAGGAAAAAAGGGUUUAAGACAAGGAGACUGCAUAUCUCCGUAUCUGUUCAUUAUGGUGAUGGAAGCUCUAUCAAAGAUCCUUGAAAAGGCUGCGGUACAGGGGAAGAUAAAGCUUCAUCCAAAGUGUGAAGACCCUAAAGUCACACACCUUCUUUUUGCUGAUGACCUCCUGAUAUUCUCUGACGGCUCUCGUCUCUCGCUGGCUAGAAUCUCCCCUGUGAUGAUGGACUUUAAGAACAUGUCAGGUCUGGAGAUGAAUCCCUCAAAAUCGGAGAUUUUUUUCGGGGGAUUUAAUGACAGUGAGGUUGCUGCACUAAGUGGUAUCUCGGGUUUCAAGCAAGGUAUCUUUCCUACUCGCUACCUUGGCCUGCCGCUAAAUCCGGGUAGACUUACUCUUUCCACCUUACAGCCACUCAUUGAUAAGAUAACAGGAAAGUUGCAUUCUUGGACUGUCAAAUACUUAUCGUUUGCUGGAAAAAUAAGGCUUGUUGCUUCAGUAAUAUAUGGGAUGGUUAACUUUUGGAGCGGAAUGUUUGUGCUACCAAAAGCUUUCUAUGCAAAGGUCGACUCUUUAUGUUCAGCUUUCCUUUGGACGAAUGGAACGUCAGCUAGAGGAGCGCAAGUAUCGUGGAGAGACAUAUGUAUGCCAAAAGCAGAGGGUGGUCUGGGCAUAAGGCACCUUGAGGAGUUUGAGACAGUAUUUCGUCUAAAAAGAGUAUGGUCGUACUUCUCAGCACCAGCUUCUAUUUGGGUCUCCUGGAUGAGGAAACAUAUUUUCCACCGUACUGGGUUCUGGCAGACUACUGACUCAGCUCGUUUCUCACCAACAAUCCGUAGUAUGCUGCAACUAAAACCCAUUGUAUCAGAACUUAUGAGAUGUACUAUUGGAGAUGGGAAAGCAGCUAGUUUCUGGCAUGAUCACUGGACAGAUUUGGGUCCAUUAAUUGGAGUGGCGGGUCAAACUGGUCCUCGCAGUCUAAGAAUCAGGGUUGGGGCCUCGGUGGCUGAUGCAGCGGUUGAUGGGGCUUGGAGGUUCCCGGCUGCUCAGAAUAUCCAAAGGGUAAUAACUUCAAUUGAACCACCGACAUCCUUGAAUGGAUCAGAUUGUUACUUAUGGCGCAAGUCAGGGAACUCUUUUGGGCCUUCUUUCUCUUCCACGAUCACAUGGGAACAUCUACGGAUCCCGGCACCGGUUGUGUUUUGGCAUAAAGUCAUAUGGUUCAAGGAAAACAUUCCUAGAAACACGUUCAUGUCCUGGUUGGCUCUCCUUCGACGGCUUCCUAGUAAGGACAGACUUCGAAGAUGGGGCCUAAAUGUGACUGAUCAGUGCGUGCUCUGCAACUCAGCGGUGGAAACGCAUCACCAUCUGUUCUUUGAAUGCAAUUUCUCCUCUGCGCUUUGGUUGACGUUUGCAUCUAAUAUUCUGCCUAACCCGCCUGAAGAUCUACAUUCAGCAGCAGCUUGGAUUGCAUCUUCCAGUCGAGUACUCUGCAGAAAUCAAGUGAUUCUACUCAAGCUUUUCUUUCAGUCCAUCAUCUAUAUCAUCUGGAGAGAAAGAAACUCGUGUAUCUUCACCUCUGUGUCUUCUUCGCCUGGUGUUCUCCAUCUAGCGCUUGACAGGUUACUUCGUGACCGGCUCCUUUCAGUCCCAGCACCCUCCCCAGCCGGCCCUUCGCUCCUUCAGCUUUAUUUUGCCUCGUAUCAGCUUCCUUGA